UUUGUGUGCAACCUGGACAGUCUGCUAAGCACAGGCAUCACAAUAGCGGUAUAUCUACGAAACUUUCUUCGGCGACUAAAAUUCCACGGAAGCGUCUCCUUUGAGGUCGCAACAGUGUGGGAACAGCCAGAUCGGCAAUAUUAUCAUAAAUGGGCCGUGCUGACUGACCCAACGGAUCUGACGGCGGGUCCGAAAGGUUACGUGAAAUGUAAUGUCAUAGUAAAUACAAAGGAUGAGCGAGUGAAAGUGCAUCCAGAAACAGAAGGUGAAGAUGAUAUUGAAGGCAAUCUAUUGUUGCCUAUCGGAGGUGAGAAUCUGCCUUUCAGACAACGCGCUCGAUACAUUUUCAUCGUUUAUCGCGCCGAUGGAUUACCGGAUAUGAGUAACUUGUGCAGAAAAAACGAUUUUGAGAAUAUUAAUCCCUACGUGCAAAUAUCUUUCGCCGGAAUAAAAGGAUCGACAAGUGAAAUAUGGCAAACGUACUCCCCGAGGUUCCACGAGGGCAUCAUUUUCAAGGAAAUCUUCCCCGCUCUCUGCCGGCGUGUGAGAAUCACCAUAAAACACCGUAUCGACAGUUGCCGGACUUGCAUCGUGGCAGUUUAUAUUCUAGACAUGACGAAGGUCUCGAAUUCUGGAGAAUAUGGAUUCCUGCCGACUUACGGGCCGUCUUUCAUCCACUUUUACGGAUCCGACUCGGUGGAAAGGAACGGCUGCGCCAGCAAAUGCUUGACGCCGAUGCCUUUGUAUCGCGGUAGGGUACUUCUGUCGCUGAAAACUGAAAUGGAUGACCCAGAAGCAUCCCCCGGAAUCGAAGUCGAGACAGCACCGGCAUUUCCCAUUAUCGAAAAAAGCUUGUGGUCAACCGAGGAAUACCUUCUGGUCGGCGUACUGUAUGACGUGUGUAUGAUCGACCGUUCUCGAUUCGGAUCGAAAUUGAUCAGCUUCGAAUUGAGUCUGGGAAACGCGGGCAAUCGGCAAUUUUCGCGGAGCCAAUGCGCGGCGAACAAUAACGAUGGGCAAUCAGUGGUAAACGAUUCGCCGGAGAAGCCCCCGAAAUUCGAAAGUCAAUCAACUCCGCGAGCAACCGGCACUCUGGAUGGCAAGUACAAUUAUUUGCCUCUAGGCUCCAGGAAGCCCUGUCUGCACGUGAAAUCCUGGUGGCCGAACGUGGAAUGGAGGAUGCAUAACAGCAAUAAUCUCCGCUAUAUCGCGGAUUUUUUGGAGGCAAAACUGGAGAAACUAAAGGUACUCAUGGCCGUGGAGAGUCCGAUAACCUUUGACUCUUAUAACGAGACGAUUCGCGCGUUGAAGGUUCACUGCACGCGCUAUCUGCACGUGCUGGAUACUGGCAGAUACGAAGACGAAGGUGGAACCACCAAACUAGACCACCACCGUGUAAACUUGUGUCGUAAAAGCAUCGAGGAUAUUCUCAAGAGGAUUAAAAUCAACGGCGAACUUCCCAAUAACAAUUACAUGAGAAUCGCGAUGAUUCACGCGUAUCAAUAUUUGGAAAAAUUGAGAAGUCUGUGCGAAGAUCCUCAGCACAGUCUUCCCGACGCCUUUAUCUGGAUGAUUGCUGGCGCGAAACGCGUCGCUUAUUCGCGAUUAUCCGCCGAAGAGAUAAUCUAUUCUGAGGAAGCCGCCGAGAUGGGCGAGAAGUGCGGCCGGCGAGUCAAUCUCUUCCCCGGAAAUCCGGAAAACGAAGCUGUCGAGUACACCGCCUGCAAGAUCGAAGUAUUCUUGUGGCUCGGCAGCGCGAGAUACGCCUCUGCAUGUUGGAGCGCAAUUCCGCCUGGUUACGAAAUCGAUCACAGCGGGGCCGUCGAUACCUUCCCGAAGUAUAUUGAAUACAAUCAGUCCUCGACGUUCCAAUUGCGAGCUCAUGUAUUUCAAGGUCGCUUCGAUCCGGGAAUGGACACUUCCGGCUUGUUGAAUUCUUUCGUACGUGUUGCGUUUCAGGGAUACACGGCUUCCACGCAAGUGAUAAGACAAAGUUUAGAUCCAUUUUGGGAUCAGACACUGGUUUUUCCUUCGGUUGUCUUGCACGGCACUAAGGAGUAUAUUAAAUCUUCACCGCCCGAAGUCGCUUUACAGGCUUUCGAUCAAGAUUUAUAUGGCACGAAAGAAUUUUGCGGCAGGUGUAUCGCAGUGCCAUUAGUGAAACUCGCAACAGAAACUUACUCGCCGCCCGAUUUUCCGCCGAAAUUAAAAUGGUACAAGUUCCAGUCGCAAAGAGAUUGCACCGGCUCGGUCCUCGCCGCUUUUGAACUGAUAGAGACUGAGGAUAAAGAGAUUUUGGACGUUCCGAUGAGCAUGUCAGCGGAGGAUAAGAUUUACAGCAUUCCGCCUGAUAUCAGGCCGAGAAUGGCGAACUACAGACUGGAGGUGAUCUUUUGGGGUGUUCGCGACAUGAGGAAGAUAAACUAUAUGCCGGUACGCAAACCGAGAAUUAUAGUGGAGUGCGCCGGAGUGCACGUGAAGUCGGAGGUGAUGAAGAACGCCAAGAAAUUCAGCAACUUUGAAGAACGGCAUAUUAUGAUCGAGAUGGAAAUGCCAGAGCUCGACAUUUACUAUCCGAGCAUCACCAUAAAGGCUUACGAUUCCCGCGGAUUCGGCUGCUUCAAGUAUGCCGGGAUCUGCAUUAUCCCCAGCAUCCACGUGUUCCUGCAGCAAUUAAUAACCGAGAAGGAUUACGAUGCGCAAAUAUAUGGAUCAAAAUUUGUGCUGAAAUUCCAGUUGGAAAAGUGGCAGCCGGCGACAGUGUUGCCCUUGCCGAUCGAUUAUAGUCCCUCGAAAGAGGAGAGCAAAGGUCUUAUUGCGUAUAAGAGAAUGGCAGGAACAGACGUCCACUCUAGACUGAAGAGACUGUUUGAAAUCAUAAAGAGGAUAUUAAAAUUUGCGUUUCUUGCCAAGAAAAAGAAGAUGGAAAUCUACGAAGACGACGAUGACGAAACUCUAGAUUGGUGGAGUAAAUAUUUUGCUUCUCUUCAGAUCUAUCCUACGGAAUUAGAGAUGCAGCCGCAGUUUGAGGGCUUUCGAGAUCGACUGGAUACUUUCGAGUUGUGGCGUGGCAAGAAGGGCAUGCGUCUCGACCAGGCCGGAGAUAAUUAUGCUGGCAAAUUUAAGGGACACAUUUCCAUAUAUCGAUGGCCGCAUCCUGAUAAUCUUUCAUGCAAAACGAGAAGCGGGAGAGACGCGGCUAAUGGUCUGUGCAGCGAUUAUCCGCCUCAAGAGCCUGUUAAAUUCCUCGUUAGAGUAUAUAUCGUAAAAGGCAUCAACUUACAACCGAAGGAUCCCCUCAGCGGCAAGUCCGACCCGUAUCUUUACGUGCGGCUGGGAAAAAAUUCUAUCAGUGACAGGAAGAAUUAUAUAGCCAAUCAAUUGAACCCCACGUUUGGCCGUUUGUUCGAGAUCGAGGCGAGUUUCCCGCAGGAUUACAUGCUGACGAUUCAAGUGUGGGAUUUUGACGCAACAACGGCGGACGAUCUGAUCGGCGAGACGCGAAUCGACAUCGAGAAUCGAUUCUACAGCCGGCACCGGGCGCACUGCGGGAUUGCGAACGUCUACCGCACCGCCGGAUAUAACGUCUGGCGCGAUCGCGAGAGGCCAACGCGGAUCCUGGAGCACCUCUGCAGAAGAAACAAUCUGCCGUCACCGGAAUACAGCGAACGCGAAAUUAAGAUUGGCAAGCACACAUUUCCCUUUCACGCUGUGAUCGAACGCGAAGGCGAAAUCGACAGAGAAGAAUACAUGGCCUUGAACGUGCUUCAUCGUUGGCAAGACUUCCCUAUCUGUGGAUGCACUUUGGUGCCGGAGCACGUCGAGAGACGGCCGCUUUUCAACGCUAAGCGGCCCGGUCUCGAGCAGGGCAAACUGGAGAUGUGGAUCGAUAUGUUUCAAAUCGGACAAUUACCGCCGAAACCGGCGGUCAACAUCGCCCCACCAACACCGGAGGAAUAUGAAAUUCGCGUGAUCGUUUGGAAUACCGAGGACGUACCGCUGGUCGAGAGCCAAUUUCUCACCGGAGAGAAGUGCUCCGACAUUUACGUCAAAGGAUGGAUUCUGUACGAGGACUUUCAAAAGACUGACAUUCACUAUAAUUCUCUAAACGGCGAGGGCAACUUCAAUUGGAGAUUCGUGUUUCGAAUUAUGUAUUCGAAGGGCGAGAAUGUCAUGAUAGCGCGCAGAAGGAUGUCAAUUUUUGCCAGGCAUGAGACGGAAGAAAAGUUGCCGUGCAAGCUUCGUUUACAAGUGUGGGACAGUGAUCAUUUCUCAUCAGAUGACUUUUUAGGAGAGUUAACAUUGGACUUAUCGAGAAUGCCGCGGGGCAGUUCGAACUCCAAAAACUGCACGCUAAAAUUACUCGAACCGCAGUUACCCACGAUGAAUUUAUUCAAAGUUACGCGAACUAGAGCUUGGUGGCCAUUCGCGCGCAGCAUUGCCACUGGAAAGUACAUUCAAGCGGGCAAAGGUGAACUGGAAAUAUCUGUAUUGCGAGCAGUAGAUGCAGACAAUCAACCGGCAGGCAAAGGACGAGAUCCGCCCCUAAAUCUUCCGUCUCCAAGGCGACCCGAUACCUCCUUCUCUUGGUUUCGCAAUCCAUGGAGAGCAUGCUGCUUUGUUCUUUGUCGCUAUUACAAAUGGCGAAUAAUAUGCUGCUUUACAUGCACACUAUUCGUGUUGCUAGUAGCGUGCGGUGUUUACGCUUUCCCGGGAUAUUUCGUUAAGCGCCUCUUGGGCGCUUAGUUUGUGAACGUUAUUUAACAAAUAUAUAUGCAUUUGAAUUAGCUUUUACUGUAUAAAUUUAUAAAACUUGCAUUAUUAGUAUCAUAGAUAAGACAGAGAUUAUAAUAAUAUGUUAAAAAUAUAUUCUUCUUUACCUGAAAUGUGUUAUAAACGCAAGAAAUAUUUUCUCGCAGAUCGGAGUACUAUAUAAAACAAUGAAUUUAUUUUGCAGAUUCGUAUCAAUAUAAAAUUAAUUAGUCAUUAAUGAAUGACAUAGCUUCGGUUCACAGUCGAUGUAUCUCGCGUUGCAGAUGUGACGACACUGCGUAUCGGCGCCAAGAGUAGCUCUUGCGUGAUACGAAUGCUUCGAAUAUCACAGUAUUAAACACGGUGUGCAUAAAGAAAGUCAAUAGUGUGCAAUCGUCGUGUACCGUAUUAUUUAUUUGUUCAACGUAUCCGCUUACAAAUAUCGGAAGUGUCAUGCAGAUGUCAUGUGGACUGAUAUUUAAUUACAUAUAUCAUAUUGCAUUAAUUAAUGCGCGCGAUUCUAAUUAAUCGGGUUUUCUAAUCGACCUUAUCAUAUCUAAUACGAAUGAGUGUUCGGAUCAAUGAUGAAGUC